UUUGUCGUAUAUUACUGAAGAGCAAGGGCCUACAUAUCACUGAAGACUGUGGUACUGAUUUACUGUUUAGGGAAGUACGAUAAAAUUUGCCAAGAGAAGUGAUGCAGACUAGUGGUGUCUGUGUUUGUGUCAUGAUGUAAAGGAGGGACGCGCCCAUAACACCAAGUAGUAGCAGAUGUGGUGCUUCGUGUUCGUGUAAGUGAAGAAGACAGGCAUGGAGUCGAGCGAUGGCGGGGCAGCGGCCAAGGGACAGAAAUGGCUCCGACCUGCCACGGACAAGGAGGAGUACUUUGAAAUAGGUCACCGAGACAACUACGGCCAAACUUUCUUUGGCAUUGAGCUGACCUCCUGCAGGCCACUCGGGGAGGACUUAGUCAGACGUGCUCUGGUACAUCUUUAUUGGAAGGUGCCUGUGCUGCGGCUGUGCCUGGGGCGGCGAGAUGGGAGGCUGUGGCUGCGGGAGAUGGACAGCUGCGUUCUGGACUUCAAGGUAGUGAAGGACGGGGUGGAGGGGGAGGAGCAACAGAAAUUGAUAGAGCACAUGUUCAACACUGCCGAGGGUCCCAUGUGGUGUGCCAGGUUCCUGCCUGCGGUAGGAGGGCAGGGUGGCGCAUUGCUGAUGUGCAUCCACCACACGGCAACUGACGGCCUCUCUAACCUCAAGAUUUGCCACUGUUUGCAUACCAUUCUGGAUGACUUGACUGCCGAGCGGCGCGUUGAUGACGCGGAACAACUUGGCGACCACGCUGGGGACGAGGAGGCGCGGCUGCUGUACGAGAGGGAGAGACAGCGGCUCUUACAGGAUCCAGAAUUGUAUAAGAGACGCAAAGAGGAAUUAAUGGCGGCAACCAAAAUCCCUCCUCCUAUUUUGUCUGUUCUUUCUUUCCCAAGAAAUGAAGUUGCCACAACACGCUCAGUCAAGCUGGUUUUGGACGAACCCACAACACAGGCCUUUCGUCAAGUGUGCAAGAGUGAGGGCGUCAGCGUGCACUCUGCCCUGACUGGUGUGGUGAAUGUUGCUAUGCUGGGGAUCCUCGAGGCUCUGCCCAAUGCACCUCCAGACUAUAAUUUUGUGUGUAGUCAUGACAUAAAUUUGAGACGUUACUAUGAGGGUGAUACAUCUCGCAUCCUUGGAGUUCACAUUGCAACAUUCUCCUAUAAAAUGUCUCUCAUAACUCCCAAAGACGUAAUGCACAAGUUCUGGUCUUACGUUUUGGAGUUCCAUGGAAGAUUGCAUGGAGAUCUAAAGGACCGGGCACCGCUGCAGGCAGUCGCCCUCAGACUCAUGGAGCGAUCAAAAGAUGAUAACUUCAAGGAAUGCUUCAGUAGCACAGCUGUCCCUGAGUACUGCUAUGCAAUAUCCAACACUGGCGACGUGACCAAUACACUUCCAGGUAAUGGUGACUUCGUGCAGGUGACAAAUCUAACAUGGUGUGCGUCACUUCGAAGGCUGGUUUCCCUUAUGUGCUUUAACGUUCACACUUUCCGGGGUAAGCUGAACAUCAACCUUGCUUACUCGACACACUUCAUGGAACGCGACACAGCACAACAGAUAGUCAACAAUAUGCAAGACGUCAUUACAAGUCUGUUAACGAAAGGCCCCGAGGGUAGGGAGUAAUGCACAUGGGAUGUGUAGGAGAGACAUGGUCACCUUUGUAACUUGACAUACUACACUUUCUUGUGCCACUGUACUGAUUCUCAUUUUUGUCUGUAAAGCGGCUAUUAUUUCUUCUUGAGGAUGGAGUCUGCUGUCUUUCGCUAGUAUUCUUAUUAUAUUUACAACUAUUGCUACUACGACUAUUUCUACUGCUGCUGUUGCUGCUACUACUUCUACUUCUACUUCUACUACUACUACUACUACUACUACUACUACUACUACUACUACUACUACUACUACUA